CUUCCUCCUGGCCCCAAACGCUGGAUGCCGUGGAUAGGAAACGCGUUCAGCAUCCCGGUUGACCAUCCAUGGCUCGUCUACGAGAAAUGGCACAAAACAUACGGCGAUAUGAUAUACGUUAAGGCGUUUGGUGCAGGGAUUCUCAUCUUGGGAUCUCUGGAAGACUGUUCAGAACUGCUGGAAAAACGCUCAAGCAACUACUCUGAUAGACCUCGAUUCCCCAUGGUG